UUUUUGUUCCUUCAAGUCGAAGGGAGGUCUGGGACGAGAAAUGCCUUUCCCCCUAGUCGUCACCCUCGGCUUACCGUAAUUUUUUACCACAACAAAUACACGCGGUUCCAGAGAAAGUUCUUGUUUCACAGGUCGUCAAACUGUUCAUGGAGAACACAAAGUCGUUGUAUCAAAGGGAACAUCAUUUUUUGUUGGUAAAACACACUUUUGUACAUAAUGGCAUAUGUUUCUUCUUAAGUAAAUUUUCUAACUGCUCUUUUUGGAUUGAGAUUGAUGAAAAGUAUGCCAUUUCAACUGAAGUUCAAGUCAUCAAAAACGAAGACUGUAGUAAUUGGUUUGGGAUGUCUAAAUAUGACUCAAUUCUCAAUAUUCUUCAUCAAUAUAUCGUGCAACGAAUUUUCAAGACAUUAACCACUUUAAAUGACUUGCAAAUAUUUGAAGAGAAUGACAUUCUUGUGGCAUUGAAGUUUUACAGUUAUGGGACCAAAGACUUGGUUUUGUUGCGUAAAGAGCAGUUACUUAAGAUGGGAUUAAAGAUACCACACACAGAGGAUUCAGAUGGCCAUUAUGGAAGUUUUAUUUUAUAUCCUGAAAAACUCACUGUAAUUGUUGCAAUGAAGAAAUACAUGAGUGAUUUUCAGAAUGUCACACUGUCCAACACAGAAGCUUCUAACAUUCCCAACAGUGAUAACUCACCUGACAGGAAGUCAAUACUGGAGAAAAUACGUUCCGUAACAGAUGAUGGUCCAAGUAAUGAGUCUUUCAAGCAUCCAAUCAAAUGUAACGCAGGUUCUAGUAACAGUGCAAACUCUGAUUCUCUAGAAAGUUUAAAACUAAAGCUUGAAAUAUACAAAAGAAAAAAGCCUACACCAAUACGUGGAACUGAAAGAAAUAAGUCUUUAAGAGAGAAGGAAUGUUCUGAACAAUCAACCGAAAAUGUAUUUGAUACACAUAAACCAAAAUCUAAAGGGUAUUCCUUCCGUGUAAGAAAACACGACGCUUCUAUACUUGAGCUGGCGGGUAUAGAACGCGAGGAAAACAAUGCAAAAGAAAACUUGAUACCUACUCCUGGAAGCGAGAAUUCUAUUGGUUCGAAAAAUAACUCACAAUUAAGCAGUGCGGAACCUCGUGGUGUGGAAGCGCAUGCGCGUGAGGAGAGUACUAGUGACGAGUUUCAAAAAAAUGUUCAAUUAAAAAGCGCUCAGCCAAGAAAAAGAAAAAGACAAAAAAGAUUGACCUUGCAAAAAAGCAAGAAAAGACAGCUUACAAACAAUAAGUCACGCCCUUCUGAAAGCAAAUCACAGGAUGCAGAUGAGACGCAAGAUUUUAAUCGAAAAGAACCACUUAUGACAAUGGAAAAGCUGUUGAGUAAGAAAAAAAAGAGCUUGGACAAUUUACCAGUUGUUGAACUUGAUGAUAUGUCGUAUUUGGAGACUGAUGUCGAUGAAAAGGAGAAUGUUGCGCAACAGAACAAAAGUAAAAUCCACGCCUUGACUCUUAAAGAAAUAGGCGAUCUCGUGUCUUUGUUAGAUGAUGACAUCAAAAACAUUUUUACUGGAAAUACGCAAUGUGAGAGACACGAUCAAUUUAAAAAAGGUGGGAAAGAAAAAGGUUGUUUGAACAUGCAAGUCGCUUUUGGUUUGUUUACAGAAAAACAAGUUGACGUCGUUCUUCAACACCUCAUGAAAAUGUUCUGUACGUCACAUGGAAAGUAUUUUGAUUAUGUGAUGAAGGUUUUAUUGCCAGAAACGAUGGCUAUGAUUUAUGGAAAUAUUGCAAACAUUUCGAGAGAAGAGGCUGAUCGCAUUAUUAUGGGAAUAUAGAAUGGUAACAAGAGUAUAUGAAAUGUAAAUAUGUAAAUGCUUUGAUAAAAACCGAAAAUAUGCAA